AUCUUAAGGUGCAAAACAAUGAGCUGCACUGAGACACAUUUUAUUUUUAAAAUAGGUUAUUUGAGAUUCUGACAAACAUAAAAAAAAUCAUCUUGAGAGAUGCUAUGUUCUUUUCAGAUUUUCGGCUUUUGUUUGUGUCAAAAAAUAGACAUAAUUCAUAUUAUUUAAAAAAAAAGGUCAUGAAUCCAGAUUUCUUAAAGGCUUAAGUAAGACCAUGCAGCUCCUUCUAGGUUUUGAUCAGUAGAAAACAAGCCCAAAUGGCUCUUUUACUGUUAAAGGUUGCCGACCCCUGGUCUGAGUCAAUGUUUCUAGGGCAACCAGUGUCACAACCAUGAGUAUGCUUGUUCAUAGUCCACACCCCUUCCACUAAAAAUGUCUCAGGGGAAUCUGUCAAUCAAUCAUUCAAGGUAUGGGCCAGGGGGCGCCACAUGCUUUUACUGAGGUAUCUGAUUGGCUGGUUUAUUUUAAAAAAAAAAGUGAAAAAAAUAGGAUUAGGUGUUAAUAAAGAGAUAUCAUAGCAAGAAUGGUUAUUUUGACAAAUAGAAUAACUGGGUAAUGAAUGCUUGUUUUUCAAUAGACGUCUAAGGGUUUUUGGCUUUUUGGAGCCAAGUACUUCCUGUUUGGAACGCAAGGUGGGAGGUGUUAAGCUGUCCAGUUCCUAUUUAGAGUCAAUGUGGGACUCCCAUUAUGUCACUAUGGCAAGCAAAAGGUAUCAUAAAUUGUAGUUUUUUUCUUGGCGAUUUUUGGCACCUUUUGCUUGCCAUAAAAGUGGGACCCAUGGGGAAAAACGCAUCAGCCAAAAUACUAGACACGUUCUCAUGAAACUCUGAGACACUUGACCGGAUGUUGCAACAGCGCACAGUAGCCGAUUAGUCAUUCACUACAAUGCAUGAAAAAAUAAAAUAAAGUAAUUGUUUAAUGUAAAAUAAAAGAGGAGGUGAUAAGAGAAAAAGCAAGAGAGGAUGGAGGGAGCCGUGAGUUAACGGGUGGCUAGAGAGGGAGGGCCGGACGCAUGACAUCAUUCCCUCAGCUUCUGUGCGCGGACAUAACUCUGGUUUCUCCAAGUGCGCACGGCGGCCGCUGCUGAGGGAGCGACUCCUCCUGCCGUAGCCAAGCGCGUCCCAGCAAGCUGCGCUCUUGGGGUGGAUCUAAAAUAAAUAAAAAAAAUAAAAUAAAACUGUAAUUAACCCUGCAGAGGAACGUGCGCACCUCUCCCCACUGGACCUGCCGCAGGGACGCGCGCGUUUACCGCAAAAUCUGGAAUUAUUGCUCGCCUCGAUCAUGAAGAUGUGAAGGGUUUGUACGCGGAGAGGGAAGACGCUGGAACUCAGAUUGACAAAGAGGUGCGAGUGAGUGAGCAGCAAGAAGAAGAAGAAGAAGACGAAGAAGCCACUGGAGCAGCUGAAGAUAUGAGGCUUAAGAGGUUUUGAAAACAACUCCGUGAGUGGCGAGCUGUCCUUUGUGAAGACCCUGCGCUCUCCUGUGCAGUCGGGGCCUCGGCUCCCCGGCCAGGUCGUCGGAUCAGUCCCAGCCCCGCCCUCCCCUGCUUCAGCCAAGAUGGCCGCCAAUGGUGCAACGCGACUUUCCCUGCCAUUCCUGCUUCGUGCGACCACUCUGCUGCUAUCACUGCUGCUGUCCUGCUCCCAUGCCUUAUCACCACCGGCAUUCACCAAGGUUCCCGUCGACCAGACCGGUGUCUCGGGAGGCGUCGUCUCGUUUGUCUGCCAGGCGGAAGGCGAUCCCAAACCCAGAGUCAGUUGGAGCAAGAAGGGGAAGAAGGUGAAUUCGCAGCGCAUAGAGACCAUAGAGUUUGAUGAGGGUGCCGGCGCCGUUCUCAGAAUCCAACCCCUGCGGGCGCCACGUGACGAGAACAUCUAUGAAUGUGUAGCAGAAAAUAGCGAGGGAGAGAUUACCGUCAACGCCAGACUGACCAUCAUUCGAGAGGAUCUGCUCCCGCCAGGGUUCCCGAACAUCGACAUGGGUCCUCAACUCAAGGUGGUGGAGCGCACUCGCACGGCCACCAUGCUGUGCGCCGCCAGUGGCAACCCCGACCCAGAAAUCACCUGGUACAAAGACUUCCUCCCCAUAGACCCUAGUGCAAGUAAUGGUCGAAUUAAACAGCUACGCUCAGGUGCCUUGCAGAUCGAAAACAGCGAGGAGACAGACCAGGGGAAGUACGAGUGCGUGGCGUCUAAUGUGGAAGGCGUGCGCUACUCGUCCCCUGCUAACCUUUAUGUGCGAGAGCUUCGAGAAGUCCGGCGGGUGCCUCCUCGCUUCUCCAUUCCACCGACCAGUCAAGAAAUAAUGCCAGGCGGCAGUGUGAACAUAACCUGUGUGGCAGUGGGGUCGCCCAUGCCCUACGUCAAGUGGAUGCUGAACUCUGAGGAUUUGACCCCGGAGGAUGAGAUGCCAGUGGGCAGAAAUGUUCUUGAGCUGAGCAGUGUUCGCGAGUCAGCCAACUACACCUGCGUCGCCAUGAGCAGCCUUGGCAUUAUUGAAGCGGGCGCUCAGAUCACUGUCAAAUCUUUCCCAAAGCCUCCGGGUACUCCUGUGGUCACUGAAACCACUGCCACCAGUGUAACCAUUACCUGGGACUCAGGAAACCCAGACCCAGUGUCAUACUACAUUAUUCAGUACAGGGCCAAAUCCCCAGACAGCAAGUACGAAACCGUGGAUAGCAUCACCACAACCCGUUACAGCAUUGGUGGGCUUUACCCAAACACAGAGUACGAGGUCCGUGUUUCUGCCAUCAAUACGAUCGGCCAGGGUCCUCCAAGCGAGCCAGUCGAGACACGAACUGGCGAGCAAGCCCCCGCCAGUCCCCCGAGAAACGUCAAUGCCCAGAUUCUUCCCCAAAACACAAUGAUGGUGACAUGGGAAGAGCCAGAGGAGCCGAAUGGUCAGAUUAAGGGCUACAGAGUUUACUACACUAUGGACGCCUCUCAGCCCAUUAACCUCUGGCAGAUUCACAACGUCCAGGACAGUGUCAUCACCACCAUUCGGAGCCUCACUCCUCAUGAGACCUACACAAUCAAAGUGCUGGCUUUCACUUCUGUUGGUGACGGGCCUUUCUCUCCACCAAUUCAAGUGAAAGUAGUGCAAGGAGUUCCAGGGCAGCCCUCCAAAUUUCAGGUUGGUGCUGUAUCUGACACCAGCAUUGAACUCACCUGGGAGCCCGCCCACGACAAAGAAGCUAUCCGAAGAUAUGAGCUCCGCUACAGGGAAAGUAGUGUCGGCAACCAGAUGAAGAAAACAUUUGAUCCCACAAAAUCAUAUGUUGUGGAAAGUCUCCGUCCCAAUACAGAAUACUACUUCUCCCUGGCAGCCAUCUCUGACAAAGGAAUCGGAGCCUUCACAAACGAAAUUUUACAGAAGACGCUGCAAGCCAAGCCCUCAGCUCCCCCUCAAGAAAUUAAGUGCAGCAGCACCAGCUCCACCAGUCUGUUGGUAAGUUGGCGCCCCCCACCUCUGAGGAGUCAGAACGGGGACCUGACGGGGUAUAGGGUGCUCUACCAAGUGGUGAGCCCGUCAGAGGGGGCUGGUGGCGACCCGAAGCCCACGGAGGAGCCCAUGGUGCCUCCCACAGUGGAGCAGGUGUUGCUGCAGCGGCUGGGAAAGUGGACUCAGUACCACAUUACUGUGUCCGCCGCCACUGAGGUCGGAUCAGGCCCAGAGAGCGAGCCAAUCAUCUGCAGGACAGAUGAAGACGUUCCUGGGGCUCCACCAAGGCGAGUAGAGGUGGAGGUCCUCAACUCCACAGCAAUUAAGGUGAUGUGGCGCUCUCUAACGCCCGGCAAGCAGAACGGUCAAAUCCGCGGUUACCAGGUUCACUAUGUUCGCGUAGAAAAUGGCGAAUCACGGGGCCUCCCUCUCAUCAAGGACGUCAUGCUGGCUGAUGCUCAGUGGGAAACGGACGAUACAGCUGAAUAUGAAAUGGUCAUUGGAGGACUUAAGCCAGACACAACGUACUCCAUCACGGUAGCAGCAUACACCACCAAGGGGGAUGGAGCGCGGAGCAAACCCAAACUGGUGGUGACCAAAGGGGCAGUGCCUGGUCCUCCUUAUCUCUCGGUGGCUCAAAACUCAAAGACGUCCGCUGUUGUUCACUGGGACCCCCCAGACCUGACGAAUGGGAUGGACCUGCAAGGUUACAGGCUCCAAUUUGGCCGAAAGGACAUCACCCCUUUGGCCACUCUGGAAUUUGCUCCCCAAGAACGGCGGUACUCUGUGGACAACAUUCACCGGGGAGCCACUUACCUCUUCAAGAUGGCAGCCAAGAGCAGAGGAGGCUUCGGGGAGGAAGCCGUGGCAGAACUUAGCGUACCGGAGAAUACACCGGGUGGAUACCCUCAGAUCAAUGAAGGCUCUAAUGUAACGUGCUGCUCUGUGCAGCUGUCCUGGUCUCCACCCGUGUUGGCGGAGAGGAACGGAGUCAUUACGGAAUACACUUUGGUCUAUAAGGAAGCCGGCACUGGAGCGAUGCCACGAGAACUGCGCUUGCCUCCCAGCCUUUCCAGCUAUGUGCUCAACAGCCUCAAACCAAACUCUGCGUAUGAGGUGAAAAUGCGAGCGCACACCAGUGUAGGUCCAGGGCCCUACAGCCCACCUAUCCAGUAUCGGACGGUGGCCAUUGACCCAGCAGAUGUUCCUAAAAACUUUACUGUGAAGUGGGCCACCAAGACCACAGUAGUGCUCGGGUGGAAGUUUUCUGAAAGGUCGCCGUAUAAAUGCGUGAUCGAGUAUGUCCACCAGAAGAAAGAUGUGGAUGCCCGGGAGUUGAAGGCCUUCAUUAAAGGCCUAAGGCAUAACACCACUUAUGAGUUUAAAGUGACUUGCCAAGAGAGCACCAGUGGUGGGCCGCAGCAUCGCGUGGUAGCCAGAACCGCUCCGCUCCUCCAAAUCAAGAAACCCACAGUUUCUGAGCGAGAGAACGUGCUCAUGAUGUCCUUCUCUCCAGUCAACACAAAGGAUGUUAAGAACUUCUAUGUGGUAGUGGUACCACUCAGGACUAAUUCUGGAACUGUUAAAAACCUGAUCAACCCUGAUGAGAUGGACAUGGAGGAGCUUUUGCGGGUGGCCUCAAAGCACCGCUCACGCCGGCAGCUGGCUCAGCUAGACCAGAGGGAUGCCUACAUCACAGCGUGCUUCAAGCAGCUGCCCCUCAGCUUCGUAGUGGGAGCUGACAAUCGCCACAACAGCUGUGAGAACAAGCCCCUCGAACCUGGUCAGCAGCACGUCUUCUUCCUGCUGGCUGAACUCAAUGCCACAGCGGGGAAAAUGUUUGCAACCAGCCCCUACACUGACACGGUGAUGAGCCCCGAGCUGGUGGUGGAUCUGCCAGCAGAGCAUGAUGAAACCCAGUUAUGGGUGGUGGGCCCCGUUCUGGCUGUGGUCUUUAUUAUCUGCAUUGUCAGUGCCAUCCUCCUUUAUAAGAACAAACCAGACAGCCACAAAAGAAAAGAGUCGGAGCCGCGCACCAAAUGCCUACUCAACAACGCAGACAUUACACCGCAUCACCCUACAGAUCCUGUGGAGGUGAGGCGCAUCAACUUCCAAACUCCAGGUAUGCUGAAUCAUCCUCCUAUCCCCAUCUCAGAGCUGGCUGAGCACACCGAGCUUCUCAAAGCAAACGACAACCUCAAGCUAUCCCAGGAAUAUGAGUCUAUUGAUCCGGGCCAGCAGUUCACCUGGGAGCACUCCAACCUGGAGGUGAACAAGCCCAAAAAUCGUUACGCCAACGUCAUCGCCUAUGACCACUCCCGCGUCAUCCUGGCUCCCAUUGAGGGAAUCACAGGCAGUGACUAUAUCAACGCCAAUUACAUCGAUGGUUACAGGAAGCAAAACGCCUACAUUGCCACCCAAGGUCCAUUACCUGAGACCUUUGGGGACUUUUGGCGGAUGGUGUGGGAACAGAGAGCUGCCACUGUGGUCAUGAUGACCAAGCUGGAGGAGAAGUCACGGAUUAAGUGUGACCAAUACUGGCCCAGUCGAGGCACGGAGACCUACGGCAUGACCCAAGUGACCCUGCUGGACACCAUAGAGCUGGCCACUUUCUGUGUCCGCACUUUCUCUUUGCACAAGAACGGCUCCAGUGAGAAGCGGGAGGUUCGUCAAUUCCAGUUCACAGCGUGGCCUGACCACGGCGUGCCGGAGUAUCCCACGCCUUUCUUGGCUUUUCUUCGCCGAGUGAAGACCUGCAACCCGCCUGACGCCGGACCCAUCAUCGCACACUGCAGUGCGGGCGUCGGCCGGACCGGCUGCUUUAUAGUCAUCGACGCCAUGCUGGAGCGAAUCAAACACGAGAAGACGGUGGACAUUUACGGCCACGUGACCCUGAUGCGCUCACAGAGGAACUACAUGGUGCAGACGGAGGACCAGUACAGCUUCAUUCACGACGCGCUGCUGGAGGCCGUGGCCUGCGGGAACACUGAGGUGGCCGCCCGCAGUCUCUACUCCUACAUCCAGAAGCUGGCCCAAGUGGAGAGCGGCGAGCACGUCACUGGCAUGGAGCUAGAGUUCAAGCGUUUAGCCAACUCCAAAGCCCACACCUCCCGCUUCAUCAGUGCCAACCUGCCCUGCAACAAGUUUAAGAAUCGGCUGGUCAACAUUAUGCCCUAUGAGACCACACGUGUCUGCCUACAGCCAAUCAGAGGCCUGGAAGGAUCUGAUUACAUCAACGCCAGCUUUAUUGAUGGGUACAGGCAGCAGAGGGCCUACAUCGCCACUCAGGGCCCUUUAGCAGAGACUACAGAAGACUUCUGGAGAAUGCUCUGGGAGAACAACUCAACUAUUGUAGUCAUGUUGACCAAACUUAGAGAAAUGGGUCGGGAAAAGUGCCACCAGUACUGGCCAGCGGAGCGCUCGGCCAGGUAUCAGUAUUUCGUGGUGGACCCCAUGGCGGAAUAUAACAUGCCUCAGUACAUCCUUCGUGAGUUCAAGGUCACAGAUGCCAGGGACGGUCAGUCCAGGACAGUAAGGCAGUUCCAGUUUACCGACUGGCCGGAGCAAGGUGUGCCCAAAUCUGGGGAGGGAUUCAUCGACUUCAUCGGCCAGGUGCAUAAAACCAAGGAGCAGUUUGGGCAGGACGGACCAAUCUCUGUCCACUGCAGUGCUGGAGUGGGAAGGACCGGAGUCUUCAUCACCCUCAGCAUCGUUCUGGAACGAAUGCGUUAUGAAGGCGUGGUCGACAUCUUCCAGACGGUGAAGAUGCUUCGAACACAGAGGCCAGCUAUGGUCCAAACUGAGGAUGAGUACCAAUUCUGCUACCAUGCAGCUCUGGAGUACUUAGGAAGCUUUGAUCACUAUGCAACGUAAAAAGCCAUCUCUUCCCUCCCAGAAUCUGUUUGCCCCCCCCUCCCAACCCACAAGUUACCUGAGCCAUAAAAAGUUUCAAAUUGGAAAACAGUAGAAGACAGACAAUUAUUACCCAUCCGAAUUACACGACAAACCGGAGAUUCUUUUUAAAAACAAAACCCACCAGUUUGGGAGAAAUGCCAAUUGAGACACAGGAAAUAGAAGACAAACGCUCAUCAGCUCAAGAAAACCCAUUCUCACCGGAGGAGGAAUCGGAGGCUCAAUCUGUGGGACGGGGGAAUCGAUCAACGACGGCUUACCUUACCUCAAGUGUUUCAAUGUGGAGGACGAUGUAAACAUUCGUGGACAAUUCUCAAAAAUGUCUUUGUGGUACAACAACAACACCAAGCAACAGGUAAUGACGGAAAAUGAAAGAGGAAAAACAAUGAAGGGGAAGCAGAUGGAUGUAGCUGAGACUGGGACACUUUUGGGUGCAAAAAAAAGGGGGGUUUUGAGUAUUUUUAUCGGCAGUUUUUUUGUGAGUGUUGUGCACAGAAAUGGCUGAACCGCUGCCUCUGUAACUCUAAUGGCUUCUCCCCAACAAUCUGGCUAUUCUAACUUCUGAACCGACGCUUGAAAGAGCCGCAGUUUCACACCUGCGGCACAAAAGUCACGCAGAGGAAUACUCAACUGUAAAACAUCACUGCCUGUUGAGCGUAUUCGAGCUUUUAGAGGAGUUGUCAUCCGGAGAGCAACAACACAUAUCGUAAAAUCUGUUCGUUUCAUGAAUUGUGAAAAUUGUACCUUAAUCCAGGUAACCACGGUGAUGUUGAGAAAAGCACCACAGUGCAUUUACAGCGAAAGGUUCCUCUGACGAAUCACCGGAUGAUCCGUGAAAAAGCUCGUCUGUGCACAAACCGAGGAGAGCAAGAACCACGAUUCUUUACAAUCACUCCUGUCUUUGGAGCCACGGCACCGCCCUAAACAUCCAUCAGUCCGGUUGGUGCGAGAGGCUUAGGAACCACCAAACAGUGACGGACGCAGAUUUUUAAAGCUUUCUUUUUGUACAGUGACCAACGCUCAUUAUCAGUUUUUUUUUUUUUGGGUUCAAAAACAAACUUUUUUUUCCUGUCAAAACCAAAUGUGCUGCUUUUUCCCAUGUAUGCUGAACAUGUGACUCUUGCGUCGGAGGAGGAGGAUGAUGAAUCUGCUAACUCUGCGCCCAGGCGGGCAUGACUGAAAGCGAAUCCACACGAUGUCACCAUCCACCCUCAAAAAGACCAUCCAUAUUAUUUAAAAGACACUCAAGACGGGCAAAGGCCUGCCGCAAUUACUGAACUGUACAUUCAUACGGUUGAAAAAUUGGCCCUAAAAUCCAGUGUAUGAGCAGAAUCGAUGCUUUGGUGUUCGCCCUGCAUUCUCCGGAGGAUUUUUUUCAGCCAAAUCCAGCAGCAGCCAUGUCAAAUCUCAAUGCCAUGAUGUGUUAAAAAAUAACCUCCAGUACCUGCAUAUCCAAACAGCAGGAUAACACACUAAUGUAUUUGUACCGGAUAUAAAGGAGGACAAAAGAUUCCGUUUCCGAUGCACAAAAAAACCACCAGAGCGAUGGAAGGACUCGUGUUAUUUUUAUUUUUUUGUUAUUUCCAAAAAAGCCUUACUAUUGUUGUAACAUGAAAAUAUUAAUGUUGUACUGCAAUUAAUUUGACAUUACAUAACUUUGUUUCCAUUUUUAGUUUAGUUUUUUAACAGAGAUGUUGUAUCACUUUUUUUUAUUAGCAAGUAAAGAGAAAAUGCUUAUCUGUUCAUAUUAUGUUCAAAGACAUUCUAUUUUUUCACUGUAGAAAAGUUAAGUAUAACAUCCUUGUGUUUGUGCGCAUAUAUAUAUAUUUACAUAUAUAUAUUUCUAUAUGUGUGUAUAUAUUAGCGCACAUUUACACAUGCAUAUAUAUAUAUUUAAAUGCAGAUUAUGAAGAUAUAUCUAAACAGUAUGAAUUUAGUAAUUUUCUUUAUCAUUUUUUUUGGUCCAAACUUGACAGUUUUUUGCAUUAGUCUGAUGGAUUUUUAGGUUUUUGAACAUGUGUCUCCUAAAAAAAAGAUCACAUUUUCACUUGCCCUCCUCCUAAAGGGGUAGAAGCUGUGCCGAUGCCAUUUAUAAAUCUUUCUUUUUUUAUCAUAUAUUUGAUUUUAUUCCUCCUGGGAUGACCGACAAAAAUCCAAACUGACCAUUUCAGACUUGUACUGUUCCUUCUGUGAAUAUGUACAGACUAAUGACCUCUUAAGGACAUCCUUUCCAUUUUUUUUAAACCCUAAUUUCAGUGCCCAUUAGUUUUAUCAGAUAACCAUUAUGACCUAGAGUAUACCUGUAAAUAAACAAAUAUAUAGAUUAUAUGUAUUUGUAUCAUUUGACCCUUGAGAUCUCACAUUUUAAGUGGGGAUGUAAAUGCACACAUCAGGGUUCAGAUCCAUCUAGAUGCCAUUUAUGAAGCUUUUUCGAACCCUCUUCCCUUAGACUUUAAUUACCUCUCGCUUAUUUCUGCCUUUAAUUUACAUUUUUAGCAGUGAAACUGGGAAAGGUGCCAGCUGCUUGCUGCUGCUCUCACACCCACCGCCUCAGCGAAGGCGCCGAAUUCAGCAAAAGUGAUCUUCUGGGAGGUUUGUUCUCUCUUCCAACAACCAUUUGACUCAUAAUUCAUUCUUAGCUUUGGCUGAAGUUACUAAAGGAUUGCAGAUUUGGAUUUUGUUCCAUUAAUUGGACUUUAAAGAUUCCCAGUAACUGAACUGCGCUGGCACCCGAAGGCAUUUUUCACGUUUUUAUUAUCAAUAUUCCUAAAAGUCCAGCUGCACAACUAUAAAAGAUGCCAAGGUGUUUACUCAGAAAUGCAACUUGACUAAAGGCCAGAAAUGUUUCUGCUUCAACGUGACGUCUUGCUUGAUUUUCUCCAUUGCUCCUUUUUAAGCCUUGUAUAAAAUCAUAUUUGUUCUUUUAUUUUAUUUUAUUUUUUACGUUUCCUUAUGAGAUGAUCCAUGAAAGGCCAAGACAACCCCAACAAAUUUCCGAACUGCAGUUUGUCAUUUUCCGAAUCGUCACACGUUUGAAGUAAAACAUGUUUUUUGGAUGCAAAAAAAAGGACUGGUAUCAGGGGCCCAUGCUCAAACCCAAACAGUGGACGCCGUUCAAAGCUUGUGCAGUGUGUGUGACUCCUUUGAGUUUGUGUAAAGUUGCUCAAAUCCUUUUGAAAAAAAAAAAAACAGCCACCAAAUUUACAUCUUUGAAUAUCGGGGGAGGGGGACUGACACAAAGAACGACGACGAAGACGACUUGAUGACAAACAAUGGAAAUUGAAAAAAAGAAGAAAAAAACUCAGUUUUACCUUUGUGUGAAGGCCUAGUGCUCACUUUCAAACUGUUACUUCUAACGGAAACAAUAAAUGGUUUAAAGCCACUGUGUAUGUAGAUAUGUUGACUUUGUAUUAAAGAAACGUUGUCUGGAA